CGCAGAUAAAGAAGCUUCCAGGGAAAGAAAAUAAAAGAGAGGGAUGAUGGAAAGUAAUGAGCUGGUCUCGCAGCUAUGGUUGCCGCCUGGUUUCCGGUUCCAUCCGACCGACGAGGAGCUCCUCGUCCACUACCUGUGCCGGAAAGUCUUCCGUGAGCCCUUUUCUCUCCCCAUCAUCGGCGAGAUCGACCUCUACAAGUUUGAUCCGUGGGUCCUUCCCGGCAAGGCGUUAUUCGGCGAGAAGGAAUGGUACUUCUUCAGCCCCAGGGAGCGCAAGUACCCCAACGGGUCGAGGCCAAACCGGGUGGCCGGGUCCGGGUACUGGAAAGCGACCGGGACGGACAAAGUCAUCGCGCCGGGCGGGAGGAAGCUAGGGAAAAAGAAGGCGCUCGUCUUCUAUGUGGGGAGGGCCCCCAAGGGAUCCAAGACCAACUGGAUCAUGCACGAGUACCGGCUCUGCGAUGCUGCCCCUUCCGCUUCCAAUUCCACGAAGAGGCAGCACACCGCUGCAACCACCGUGCCCAAUCCCCGCCGGCUAGACCAAUGGGUCUUGUGCCGUAUAUAUAAGAAAUCUUGUGGCGCCCAGCAUCAGAAGCCUUUCGCUUUAAACGCUAGAGGCCAAACUCACGUCGCCGCAGCUCCCUCAACCCAUUCCGGGAUCCACUGCUGCCAAUCGAAGCUCGACCAGCUCAUUGCCAACCCCAUCAUGGAUCCCUACCGGUCCCAUGGUGUACAAGACUCGACGGCCGUCCCACCCCUUUGCCACGUGGACUCCACGUCGAAAGUGUUUGGAGGCUCCUGUGUUGACGCAGAGCUAGCCCUCCUUCUACCAGCCUCGGCACCAGCAGCCACCGCAAGGAAAUCUAUGCCAGAGAGGUAUGGUGGUGACCGAACAGGGGAUCCGUCAACGCCGCCAGCAACAAGAUGCAUGACAGCAACCUGUUCUCCCGCUUGAUCCAAUCCAUGGCUGGAGGGGGCCUCGAUGGCAGCUUUGGACUUCGUUGGAAAUAAAAGCCCCAAGAUUUGUUCAGGAUAAGAAAGACGCUGCUAGAAAUUAAUAUUGGAAAGGUCGUUUUGUGCUGUAAUUAUUGUACCGACAAUUUAUUUUUUUUUUUUUUUGCUGAAAAAAAAGGGGAAAGGAGGAGGAAGGGACAAGUCCACCCCGCGUACGUAGCAGUUCGGUUACCCCUAUGGGCUCCGGCAUGAAUAUCAUAUGUGAGUACGUGCACUACCGAGACUAUUCGGAACCACUUGGUUAGAAGUAAGGCCAUGUUCCCACUGAGCUACCAUCUCAGUGGUACAAUUUAUUCUAUUUUUUUCAAAAUAUCAUAGGGAGGACAAAAGAAAUGGCAUGGCCAAAUUUUGGAAGACGAACUCGCCUGCCAAAGCGACGGUAGACAUCUACGUAUGCCCUUACGCCAACCAGCGCCAAAGCGGACACAGCCAAAACGGUCGGCAUGUACGUGUCGAACGAACUAUGGCCGUGUCACAUGAUACGCAUGGUUAAUACUUAAUUUAAAUCAUUAUAUGGGGGACGAUUCUCUGGGAGGCGUCGGUCGAGGGAGAGUGCGAUUUUUAUCUGGCGGAUUCCUCGGACAUGUUCCUUUUUGAUGAGCGCCAAUCCCUCAUCGACUUCUUGUGAGGUACUAAAAAGUGUUACUAAUUACGUGGUGCCUCAUGAACUUACCAACCCUC